UUAUGCAGAAGGGUUGCCUGUGUUUUUCCACCUGCCUCUUCUCUGUCCCCAUUUCCUAAUGUUUUCCUAAGCUUGCCACCCUGCUCUUCUUAUCUUCCUCACUUGUGUAUGUGGGUUUUCCUCAGUCAGGGAUUCCAGUGCUGUGACAUCCUGUUUGGAAUCUGCAGAGAGCAUCAAGCCCCUCCUUAUAAACCAGGAGGGAAUCUCUCUGUGUGUGGAAGAGCGUCCCUAGGAUCAGGCAGAGGAGAGCACAACAUAAUCUGCAGCCAGCAAGAGAGGGACAAAGAGAGAGAGAGAGAGAAAGGGGGGCAGAGGCAGUACUGGGUCAGUCAUUGUGAAAACACAACACGGUGCCCGAAGUCAUAUCCUGCUGCCCCCCUGCCUUGCUGCCAAUGCCUCAGUUUACGUUUGCCUGUUUCUGUGGCCUUCACGGGUUUUGCAACAUGAAAAGGAAGAAAGAAGAGCAGCAAGCAGAACAGGAAACAUCAGUAUGAAGAAGAUAUUUUUACCCCCAAGGUCCAAGCCCUCCAGCUGAUAUGUAUUUCAUUAACUCCUAUAUUUCUGUAUCAGCGUGUAAACCAAAUGAUUACAGGGAAAUGCAUUGCAUAUCUUCAGUAGUGAAGACACUAUCUGUAUGUUCUCUUGUGCUCAAGAGACUUCAGAUGUAUAGAGGGUUGCUUAAUGCACCCUCCUCAAACAACAGGUUAAAUAUACUUUACCUUAACGGCUAGCAUUCUAAAGUGGACACAAGUGGUGGAGAUUCCAGCUGAAGUAGCCAUUGGCUCAGUCUUCUCCUACAGCUGCCCGGAACCUAAUUAUCAAUAUGAGGCUUCUGUAGCGAGGGUGUGGGCUAAACUGUGUUUUUGUAUUCAAACAGUCCUCGUAAUUUUGUAGAUUUUUUUUAAUUUCCUGGUAGAAAUGUGAUCUGGGAUUUUAGAGUAUCAUCUUGAGAUGCUGCAAAAAACAUGGUGCAAAACAUUUAUACCGGCAGGAGGUCAGGAAAAUGUUCCAAAGCUCAUACAGAUCUGGGCCGCCAUGUACAAGUCAAAGAAAGGGAAGUGCGGAAGUUUCGUUAUAUUGCACAAUGUUUUCAAUUUAAGUGACCUUGAAGUAUACGAAAUAACCGUGUUUUAUAUACCCAAAUAGCCUAAUUCUUUUCCAGAUAUUUAGCCAUUUUUAGUAAUAAUAUAUCUAUCUGUAAC